CCAUAUAAUCAACUAUUUCUACAGCUACAGUCACUGCCAGCCAUAUCAUAGCACUGAAAAAAUAACACAUAUUUUAAGCUUUUUUUUUAAGUACAACAGAAGAUUUGACGAUAUUUGUAUUUUAAUCAUAUAGCGUGACGUUUUACUACAAGGGGAUACAAUGCAUUUUACAUUACAAAAGCGAAAUAAGACGUGGAUGCCAGCUAUCAACUUGAGCAUCGUGGGAUUGGUGGUUUAUAUUAUGGCCUGCCCUGUGUCCAGUAUGGAUGUCCUGGUCCAUAAUCAGAUCAACGUCCUGAACGGCACCAUGGUGAGGAUCCAGUGCAUCUUCACUUCCUGUUACAAGAUGGACGUCAACAAGUUUGCCAUGAACUGGACCUACCAGGAGAACACCAACGAGACUGAGGAGAUGUUCAUGACCUAUAAGAAGGGGAUGAUGCCCCUGCGGACAGACCGGUUCAGUGACCGAGUGCAGUUUGUGGGUAACCUGGAAAAGAACGACUUGUCCAUCACCCUCUCUGAUGUCCAGCUGUCGGACGAGGGCGUCUAUAACUGCUACGUCCGUAACCCCCCCGACCGCAUCCAGGGCCACGGAAUCAUCAACAUGUUUGUCGUCACAGAAUUGCCUCCCCCGCGGGACUCGACCAUAGCGGUUGCGAUCGGGGCAUCAGUCGGCGGUGCGCUGGCUCUGCUCAUCCUGUCCAUGGUGGUGGUGAAGUGCAUACGGCGUCACAAGAAACAGGAGCUCAUCUCUGACGAGCAGAAGAUGGAGGAAGAGGGCAAGCUGGAUGCAGAGGGGGGCCCCGAGGAGGGAACCAAGCAGCUAUAACCGGCCUGCAUGGUCCUGGAGGCCCAAGGUUCGCUGGAGCCCAACCUCCUCCCUCACGCUGGAAAGCAUUCCUGCCUGAAGAUGUAUAGUGACCCUUGCUUGAAUCCUCGUCCAGCAUCUGCCUCAGCCCACGCCGCCUCCCUUCCUUCCUCUUGUCCAUCCAAACAAGAUUGCAGUUAUGGGAAGCCCCAGCCACCGGCCACGCCACCCACGCCACCCAUGCCACCCACGCCACCCCUGCCCCUAUCUUCAGUCAGUCUUAUCUCCUCUCUUCUUCGACGGGGGGCCACAAAAGGUGUAGGAGACUAGUAGACGGCAGUCUCCAAACGACAUUCUUCUUUCGCCUUUUUCUCACUUGUGGUUUAGCUUAAGACAGAGAUGUAAGACCUUAAUUUGAUCCCCCUGUAGCAGCAUAACUUUCCCACAAUGCAGUAUGUUUAAAAUGUGUAUUGUAUUGGAGGUUUUAAAAGGCUUCUGAAGUUUUCCCUAAUGGAAAAUGCAUCAACUCUUAGAAAAAGAUCAAUUCAUUCUAAUCCACAUAAUCAUUCACAUUUCCUGUUGCUGCAGGACUAUUUCCCUGCUGUAGAAAACUGGCUCAAAUUAAGAUCCUACAUCUGUGGAGUAAAUGGAUGGUUUGACAUCAGUGAUUACUGGGAAAGAUCCUGCUCUCUCUCUCUCUCUCUCUCUCUCUCUCUCUCUCUCUCUCUCUCUCUCUCUCUCUCUCUCUCUCUCUCUCUCUCGCUUUCUCUGUAUCGCUCUCUUAAAUUGUUGUCUUCUAACUUGCCACACCAUUGGAUAACAAAUGAUUUACUUCCAAAUCAUAUAAUUCUCUCUCGCUCUCGCUUGCUCUCGCUCGCUCACUCUCUCUCGUUCUAAUUUUCUUGCUCUAUCACAUUACUUAGCGAUGCAUAAUGGCUGGGGCAAAAAAGUUCCCUUUUUUUCUGACAGCUCGUGUGUGUGUGUGUCCAAAUUCUACCUUUCUGUGUGAGAAUGGUGUGGGUGGAUUUCUGGCUGUGUGUGUUAGUUUUUAUGUACAGGGUAUAAGCUGAAUGACCUUCAGACAUAACUACGAGCAGUGUGGGUGUAUACACGCGUGUGUGUGUGUGUGUGUGUGUGUGUGUGUGUGUGUGUGUGUGUGUGUGUGUGUGUGUGUGUGUGUGUGUGUGUGUGUGUGUGUGUGUGUGUGUGUGUGUGUGUGUGUGUGUGUGUGUGUGUGUGUGUGUGUUUGAGAAUGUGUUUUAGUGUCCUUAGUGUCCGAGUGUCUUUCCUUCAAACUCAGAGUCUCCCUUAAUGGGGAAGCCAGGCAUGAUUUUAUCAGUAGUCAACUCUUCUGUACCCUUGCUUCAAUAUGAUAUUUUAGCCUGUGUUGCUUGCUCAUACAUCGAAACAACACACAUGUGUAUCGCUAUGAAUGAAGCUAAUACAAUAGCAUACAUAAGCAUGACAUUUCUUUGCACACAUUAAGACGGGCACAAUUCCGUCUACAGUGGAUGGAUCAUUAAUGGUCUGACAUUAUAUACUAAGAUGACAUUGUACAGAAAAACCCAAUCCCCAAAUGAUGUCCCCCUUUUGUCCACGUGCAGUAACCCUUACACACAACACCUGAAUGUCCGGCCCUAGUUGGUCGUUGACACUCAAAUGAGCACACAGACACAUCGACUAUACGUGAUCCAACACAUAAGCUUCAAACACCACAUGCAGCCGUGUAGCUGUUUUGCACACCAGAAGUCCACACGCCGAGGCCUACACAUACAUAAAAGCUGAGCACUUUCAGGGAAAACAGAAAAAAAGUACAAUAGAGAAACAUUUAUAUCGGAUACAUAUAUUUAUACGUUUUGACCAAAUAACAAGCUGUACUCUCGAGGUGUGCUUUUGUCGCUAUUUACGUGUGGUCCUCACUGUCUUAAACUAUCAAUGUUGGAAUGUAUGAGGCCUCUCUCCUCUGAGGUAAUUGAUCUUGGAUGUUCUUUGGAUGUUACAUAUCUAGCUAUAUUAGUAUCGCACUGGCUGUGAAUGUAUUUGGGAGACAACGUGAGAUGUCCAAGUUGACGUAGCAACUACUUAAUGAAAUGAAUAUACAAUCAAUCAUUCCACUUCUCUCCCAUUGAAUUUCAAACUACCUUCACAGAUGUAGGGCUUUUACGUUACAUUAUCACACAAGUAUUGUAAUGUAUGUAAGUCUGAAGAAUCACACAAAGUAUAAACUGUGGAUUUGCUAAACAACAUCCAACCUUAAAAUAGUAACAUUUAUUUAUUUUAGUGAAAUUUUGUCAAAUGUUACCUUCAUUUGCUCCUUGUGUUUAAACGUCUUGGCUUUGUAUUUUCCAACAGACUGUGUUGGGGGAGCAGAUAGCCUAUGGGAGUGUGACUUUAGGUUGGCAGAAUAUGACUGGGUGCCUCUGGUGUUGUCUGAUGUGGUUUUAAGGCCUAAAGCCGGGGGCCACGCUGAUUCUGUGCCCAGGAGUGCCCUACCUCAUCUGGAGACAGUCUCGCCCUGUCUCUGCAAUGGGCACUGCAUUCAUAGUCUGCCUUUACGUUAUUCACUGCUUAAAGCUUCUUUCUUGCACACUUUGUUUCUUAUUAUUUGUCUCCUCAGAUCCGUCCGAGUUUAGAUUUCAUUUGAUUGAGUAUUGUAUUUUGACAUUGUUGAAUUUUGUACCACGCAGUUAUGUAAUUUGUACUUUAUGGUGUGACUUUGUGGUUGUCCUAGCUGUUGACGUUGUGGUAGCCAUCAUUACUUGGUCUUUGGUAAGUUGGCCUAAGUUUGGGGAGCUCACGUCUGAAAGAUCAUUCAUUUAACAGUGGAAGGUCAAUGCUGAUCUCCACUUGUAGGGUUUACAAGUGGAGAUCUAGAAUGACUUCAUUACUAAUUACUAUAUUAAUUCAUUCAACUUCUGUGCAAUUGUGACUGUGGUGUUAAUCCGUUUGUAUGGAGUCUGAGACAUCAGCUAGAUGCAUGGUUAGAAGCGUGUUGUCCUAACCAGAGAAUAUAUCUCUAGGUCACAAUCAGACUUCAUUUCCAAAGUAAUGAUGGUACCUCAAGAAUUAGCCCCCGCCAAAAAUGAUAAUUUAGAUUGUACUAUAUUUUAUACACGAACACACACACACAGUGCUACCGAUGGCUAGGGGACAAAGCACAUGAUCCGAAAAAAAGAAAGAAAAAGAAAAUGUGUCGCCUAAUGAAAUCAACAUGACCUCCAUUUCUCCUGUCACUCACUCUGACAUCUCCGCUGGAGUCCUGAAUGCUGGGUAGCUAGCUGGGAUAGUAGUGGAGGUCCCGGACUUUCCCCUGUCUGUCUCUGUGUGAUCAUGCAUGUUUUUACUGCAGUGUUCCUCUGUGACGCAUGGCUCUAACCAGGCCCUCUCGCACCGGACACCCGAAAUGCUUGCACUGUGCACUGUGUCUCCAAGAAUGAGCUGUAAUCAAUAUUGUAUUUUGAAAUAAAAACGAGUACAUAAAUAUUA